AUGCCUCCCAAGUCUAAGCAAGCCAAAAGGAGUGCUGGAGCGACACGAAAGGAUGAGACAGGCCUGAUCUCGAGAGUGGAGACGGCUGUACCAAGAUGGCCGCCCUUGACACAUUUGCCGACAGCAGCGGAUCUAACGUUGACCAGUGUACUCUCCAAUCAGAUACUCACGAUUACGGGUUUAUGGACGCCAAGCCUCUGCAAGACAUAUGUGUCGUUCCUCUCAACAUUGCCUCUGGUUACUACACCAGGGAACCCCAAGAAAGGCGAGGCGGUGCGCGUGAACGACCGCUAUCAAACCCAAGAUGCAGGCUUCGCAGAACAGCUGUGGUCUGCUACAGCUCUCAGAGACUUGGUAAAUUCGCCUAGCAUAGAUGGGAGACUCUUUGACGAAAGCGAGAAGACCGCGCUGUGGGGUGGCGAAGUACUAGGUCUCAACGACAACAUACGCAUCUACCGCUACAACCCAGGCCAAUUCUUCGACCAACACUAUGAUGAUGCGAACAACGUUGUCUUCACUGCACCAGGAUCUCAGUCUGUACCAGCAAAGACGACGUGGACACUCCUCCUUUACCUCACUUCGCCCGCCACCGGCUGCCAGGGUGGCGAGACCGUCUUCUAUCCUGAGCCGACUAGCAAGCGUGAUCCUACUCCUCAGCCAGUGAUUACCGAGCUCGACGUGGGUAUGGCGUUAUUGCAUAGACAUGGGAGAGAUUGCAUGCUUCACGAAGGCCGGAAAGUCACGGCAGGAGUGAAAUGGGUCAUAAGGAGUGAUCUCGGAGACAGCACACUCAUCGUAGACCCGGAUUUGGGCGAAGUGUGA